AUGGUGUCGCGGGAUUUCCUCUCACACGCAACUAUCACCUCAAAGACCAAAUCGAAUGCAAUCUCACAACGUAGAAAUCCAAUUUCACUCCUUUUCUUACACAGAGCACCCAAGAUUACACAGGCUCCCGACAUUGAUCGCGAACGAUCAGAUCUAGCCCUAUCGGGCAGCGGGGAUCCCCGAUCUGUGGGAUGCAAUGUCAGAAUCGACGCUCCGCAUUCUAUGUGUGCCACCGUCAUCGGCAUUACAUUCAACGGCGGGGGUUCCUCGGCGCGGACUCACGCACCAACACCGUUAUUUGAGGUGAUCGAGCUGAUUGUUGAUGUGAAGGGGUGCCAGCAGACGAUUGUUAUAAUCUCCUGGGAGAAAAAUCCUUAUCCAGAAUCAAAGAAGUUGUUCACGAAGAUUGCUGUUGCUUACGAGAUGAAGCCACAAGGGAGCAGUACAAUUAAGCAAUUGCACAUCCGGAAGAGGAGAAGAAAGGUGAUGGUGAUGAGAAACUCAAGUAGGCCAAUAUGGAGGGUUUCGAGGGGAGUAAUGACAGCGCUGAGGUGGCUAGUGAUGAUUUCAAGUCAGAUAUUAACGACAGAGGCCACAUAUGCGGCGAUUGAUCUGGGCGAAGGUGGAGAUGUCCAGUGGGAAGCUCGAGAAGAAAGAUCCUAUAAUACAAGCAAUAUGUUGACGGACACAAAUCACAUGCUUGCCAAUGGGAGAAUGGAUGUUCCACUAAGCCUAUGCUUUGCGAAUGCACGUGCGGAUGACCUUUUGUUGCACUAUCUGCUGAGGUGGGGUCGGGAGCUAAACGAGCUAUACAGAAACAACAGCACUGCACUGGUCAGGAUCUUGCAGGUUGGUAGUGAUCUUUCAGAGGUUGCGGGACAUGUUUUACUGAAUCAUCUUCCAAAGGUGAGCAUUAUUCUUCUGUUGCUUACUGCGGAUGCAUAUUUGCCGGUGUUGGAAAAUCAGAAAUCUUUCAACAAAAAGGCCGAGGAAAAAUGAGCCGUUAAAUAAUAUGUCGAGCUUUUGAUCGAUGGCCAGAAAUCGACAAAAAUCCUCAUGAAAGUGGCAAAUUUAGACUAUUAAUGCCUCAACCAUAACCCGAAGGGAAGUCCCACCAUGAGCCAAGUCAUCAAGAUACUCGAGCCCCUGGUGGCUCACGAGCUGAGGCUGGAGGACCGAAUGGUGACGCUUUAUGAGGUCCCAAAAAACCUGAAUACAGCGAGCGGCUGAUAAGGCGGGCCCAUCGAGAAUAGUAUAGGUAAUAAUAAUUAAUAGGGGAAUGGAAAGAGCAAAUUCGAGCCUCCGAAGGGGUGUGACCUUUAUUUAGAGGCUUCGCAGAUCUAGAGAUCGAUGGUGAAGAUUGCAAACAGAGAUUUUGUGUCGAUAUCUUGAGAUGGAUGCAUAUUGACUGUAGUGUUGGUGUUCAUUUUUUACGUUUCUUUUGAAGCAACAACUUUGCUUAUUUUUGUCCCAUGAGAUGGAUAAGGUGUUUACUGAGGCUUGAGCAUGUAUAUUUUGAGUGAAAUAGAGAGUUUUUUUAGCUUUUGCUUUCAAUGAAUGUGAAUUUUGUUCUUGACCUUAUUCAACUACUCAUGCAGAGUUGGUACUCAUAGCAAAAACAAACCAAGAAAUGUGAACUAAUAAACUGUAUAUUUCACUAGAUUAGAAAACAUGACAGUGGGACACAAAUGUAAUUUAUUGAUAACCUAAUAUGAUGUUUUUUACCUUCAAUUUGCAUGGAGCUUUCUUGUAAUAUUAGGACAUAUCUGCAUUGAAAUGUACAUGUAAUGGUCCACACUCGACGCAAAUGCAUUUGUCCAACUUGAGCUAUAUUACUAUUUGUUGUGUCUUUAAUCAUUUGUCCAACUUGAGCUAUAUUACUAUUUGUUGUGUCUUUAAUCAUUUAAGUUCGUAUAUUGAGAUUGAGAU